AGGCACGCAGCCGCGGUGGGGGUGGUGGGCGCAGGCAGUAAGAAUCCAAGCUCCCCCACCCGAACUCCACAGUCCGCAGCCGUCUGGCUCGUCGCCCACUCGCAGUCACAGCGGCUACCUGGCCUACAAAAGGGGCAACCGGACAAGCGCCACGGGUAGCCCCAGCCGGCACCCAGUUCACGAGCCCGCCGAGCCAGGAAACCCAAGCCAGGCCAAAGCCAAACCGCCCUUCUCCUUCUCCUCGCGCUAAUUCCGGGGGGCGGGUUCGGGCUCGGCCAUGGCGGGAGGCGGCGGAGCGGCGGCGACGGCGAGGUGGGCUUGCGCGGUUCUUGCGGUGCUGCCGCUUCUCGUGGCGGCGGCGGAGGCCCGCGGGAGGUACCGCGCUGUGUUCAAUUUCGGGGACUCGCUGGUGGACGCCGGCAACCUCGUCACCGACGGCAUCCCGGACUACCUCGCCACCGCGCGCCUGCCCUACGGCCAGACCUACUUCGGGUACCCCACCGGACGGUGCUCCGACGGCCGCCUCGUCGUCGAUUUUAUCGCGCAAGAGCUCGGCCUCCCGUUCCUGCCGCCGUCCAAGGCCAAGAACGCCAGCUUCGCGCGGGGCGCCAACUUCGCCAUCACCGGCGCCACCGCGCUUGACACCGAAUUCUUCCAGAAGCGCGGGCUCGGCAAGACCGUCUGGAACUCCGGCUCACUCUUCACACAAAUCCAGUGGCUGCGCGACCUCAAGCCCUCGCUCUGCAACUCCGCCCAAGAAUGCAAGGAUUUCUUUGCCAAGUGUUUGUUCAUCGUCGGUGAAUUUGGCGGAAAUGACUACAACGCGCCCCUGUUCGCUGGCAAGGAUCUCAAGGAGGCCUACAAGCUGAUGCCCCAUGUGGUUCAGGGUAUCUCCGAUGGAGUUGAACAAUUGAUUGCCGAAGGGGCAAAGGAUUUGAUUGUGCCUGGAGUGAUGCCGUCGGGGUGCUUUCCAGUGUACCUGACCAUGUACACUGACCCAAAGGAAGGGCAUGGCUCGCGUACCGGCUGCCUCAAACGAUUCAACACAUUCUCGUGGGUGCACAAUGCGAUGCUCAAGCGCGCUCUGGAGAAGCUCCGUGCCAAGCAUCCUGGAGUGAGGAUCAUGUAUGGUGAUUACUUCACGCCAGUCAUCCAGUUCAUACUUCAGCCAGAGAAGUUUGGGUUUUACAAACAACUACCAAGAGCAUGCUGUGGUGCUCCCGGCAGGGGCCCUUACAACUUCAAUCUAACAGCAAAAUGCGGUGAGCCUGGUGCCUCAGCAUGUGCCGAUCCUAAGACGCACUGGAGCUGGGAUGGUAUUCACUUGACAGAGGCGGCAUAUGGACACAUCGCCAGAGGUUGGCUGCAUGGGCCGUUUGGAGAUCAACCUAUCGUGCAGUCGUCUUGACUCUUGAGCACACACCAUUGUUCACUUCUGUUGUACCUCUAGAGUGUACCAAAAUAGCACAUCAAAAUGGAGCUGAUAAGGUAGUUGCAUAUAGUUGUGUGUAUAUGUUUUGGAUCGAUUGCAGUUGGGUAAAGAGAUGAGAUAGGGUCUAUUAAAGCAUGAUUUAUUCAUUCAUGAUGGUUGUAACAAGUACAAAGUGUACUGCAGAAAAUAGUUCAAUGUGAUACAGAUCCUUGCUCUGACCAAAAAUCACUGUGGUUGUU